UCCCAUCCACGAACACUCCACCGGCACCUCUAGCCCAAUUCUCCCCUGUUGCGCAGCGCAUCUCGGAAUUGAUGUGACAAGCGAAGCAAUUGGCGGAGCAUACGAUGGCUGUACUCAUCAGCCCGGAAUGACUGGGUAGAUGAGGAUGUGGGAGGAGGGCGGGGCUCGGCUUCGGGCUGUGAGACUGAAUGGGCUCAAUGAUCAGUCUGAGAGCAAGUCGAAGAAGAACAAACAGGCAAUGGAGACCACACCCACAGCGAAGUUCCCUCCAGAUCACGCGAAGACUGUAAAAGGCUCUGGGUUUGCAACGGCUGGACGAAAACAGAAUCACAAAACCGAUAAGGAAGAUGCCAGCGGACCUUCGAAACCCACUCAAGGCAACGACCCAAGCUCCAACAAGUCCGCUCUCAAAACAACCACCAACAAAGUGUCCCGGCGUGCCCGCUCGAAACCGGAACAAAAGCCUCGGACACGGGAAGGGGAUUCUUUUGGUGACUCUUCUGCUGGCGGCUAUUUUGACCCCAAUUCUAAAGACGAUAAAGCGAACCCCAAGGAAUCGGUUCGGAAACCAGCUGCCAAUAACAUUUCCUCUCAAGCAAAGUCGAAAAAAGAGCGCCAUUCUCAAGCACAUAAGGAUGAAGGUGCUUCCAACGGCGGAUGCUCACUGUGUUCGGUGUCAAAGGAUGACCAGACAUCUGGUGUUGCAAUGGUUCGGUUUGCGAACUCUAUGAACACCCCGAAGGAGAAACCACCCGAAUUUGGAAGCAUCACGCUCGCAGAUCGCAGACGUAUGCAGUUCUGUGGCUUCUCUGACGAACUCGCUAGUCAACUCGGGCAAGAGAUAGCCAAAUAUGGAGGACGCGGCGUUGAGAGGGAGAGGAAAUGGGGCCUCAGCUACGAGUUCAAGCUCAUCGGCGAUCCUUGGGGCCAGUUUAAAGAUGUUGUGUUGGGUGACCUUACCGAGAGGCAAAUUGGGAGAGUCGUUGGUGAUCUGGGUGCUGCUCGAGAAGAGAAGUUCUUGCGACACAUGUUCAGUGUCAUGCAUCUGAAUGGUUACUCUUUGCUCAUCACGAGCCAGAUGUUUGAGUCCAUAGGUACCUUUUUCUUCGAAAAGUCCUCUAAACCUCCCAACCAACCGAUUGAAACGAUGACGAUCUCCUUCCACAGUCCAAACCGGUUAAGGUUGACUUGCGCGCCAGAGGAAUUUAUCCAGGCGAUAGAAAAGCUUCUUCGACAGAAUCCACGGUUCAAAGGGGAGCGCCAAAAGACUCAAAAGCCAAAGAAAGAUGACCUCCCGGCUGUGGAAUACAAAAUCCCUGACCUUUCGUGGAAUACCUGGCACGUUUGGUUUCGCUGGGCUCCUGAGAAGAGGGUGAAGGUGACAAAGGGCAGAGUAUUCAAGCUGCACCUGAUCAAGUUGUUAAAAGACCAAGGCUGGAAGGGUUUAGUAUCUCUAGAUAGAGGCAUGAGGACUGCCAGAAAGGGAGACGAGCAUGUAGGGUCAAGCUGGUAUUAUUACAAGGAAAAGAGCAUUCACAAUGAGAAGUAACUUGGGAUUGGCAGGAACCGUGCUGCAGGGAGCUGCUGGUGAGCGCAAGACUGUAUCAUAUAUCGCGGUUUCAAUUCAGUGAGGAUGAGUUUCUGUUUGUGGAUGACGGUCUUGAGCCUUGAUGGCCAGGAAGAAUGGUAGUAUGCGGCUCAGCUAGCUCGGAUUAUUUAUCAAAACCUCUUCAAUCUAAGGACACUUCUGCCCCGC